AUGACGAAUCCUGAGUUUGAAAGUUUAGAAAGUGCUUUAAAAGGACAUUUACCUGUUGACAUACUUGAAAAAGUGCAUACUUUAGUAUAUGGACCGAAUUCAAGUGAAAUACAAAUGCCUGAAAAUGCAUUGAAAAUAGCCAAAGAAAAAAAUUUUGAACUUCAUGGUUAUCGAAUUAGUGCUCAACAGGAACAGCUACGUUCGCCGCGAAUUGUUCGAAUAGGCGCAAUACAAAAUGCAAUUAUUUUACCCACAACAGCUCCUGUUAAAGAACAAGUAAAACGAGAUGAUACUCAUGGAGAAGUUUUUUGGAAUACAGCAGUUAUUAUAUCCAAUAGAGGCAAUGUUAUUGGAAUAACAAGAAAAAAUCAUAUACCAAGAGUGGGCGAUUUUAAUGAAUCAACAUAUUAUGCAGAAGGCAAUACGGGACAUCGUGUUUUUGAAACUGAUUUUGGUAAAAUUGCCGUCAACAUUUGUUACGGAAGACAUCACCCACAGAAUUGGAUGAUGUAUGGUGUUAAUGGAGCGGAGAUCGUCUUCAAUCCAAGUGCAACAGUGGGUGCAUUAUCGGAACCAAUGUGGCCGAUCGAAGCAAGAAAUGCUGCCAUUGCAAAUUCCUAUUUUGCUGUUGCGAUUAACCGUGUUGGUACAGAAACAUUUCCGAAUGAAUUUACAAGUGGUGAUGGAAGAAGCAGUUAUGUAGCUAGCCCAGACGGCAGUCGGACACCUGGCUUAUCACGAAUACGCGAUGGUUUGCUGGUUGUUGAAUGUGAUUUAAAUUUAUGUCGACAAGUAAAAGAUAAAUGGGGUUUUCGAAUGACGCAGCGUUUGGAUUUGUAUGCGGAUAGUUUAACAAAAGCGAUUAAACCAGAUUAUCAACCAGAUAUUAUAAAGGAUCAAACGAAAAGCAAAAACUAA